ACGGGGGCGGGGCCUGCGCUGGGGCGGCCGUUUAACGUUCGCCGCGGGGAAGGAGCGGCUGGUGAGGGGCUGGCCGGAAGGUUCCCGUACUCCUCCCGGAGCGGGCCGGGCGUCGUCAUCACGAGUCUCCGUGCUGGUAGAAUGAUGACAUGUAGCGGGGGCCGUUACGCUGGGCGGCGGCGGCGGCGGGCCCGGAGCGGGGAGCGGCGGCGCCCGUAACAGCACACGCAUUAGCAGCAGUGCCCCGGCAAGAAAUUAGUCUAAGUGCAGUAAAUGGGAAGAAUGGAAGAAAGGAAAAUCAAGAGGAGGAGCCCCAAAUCAUCUACCAGUCACCCUGCACAGGUUACUAACUCCAAGAAGAACUCAGUGCCCGUCAGUAAAAGUACAGCCUUUUCAAAUCCUGCACCACAGCCUGCAGUACAGAAACCAAAGUUAAAACGUGUAAUAAAAGAGAAAGCUAAACCUCCAGGAGGUGAAGCAAAAGGGGCACAAGCAGCACCAAUCCAGCAUUCUUUUCUCACAGAUGUAUCAGAUGUCCAGGAAAUGGAGAGGGGACUUCUGAGUCUCCUGAACGACUUCCACUCUGGCAAACUUCAAGCAUUUGGAAAUGAAUGCUCCAUAGAGCAGAUGGAGCACGUGCGGAGUAUGCAGGAGAAACUUGCUCGCCUCAAUCUGGAGCUCUAUGGGGAGCUGGAAGAACUCCCUGAAGAUAAACGAAAACUAGCCAGUGACUCCAAUCUGGAUAGGCUGCUCUCAGAUCUAGAAGAACUGAAUUCAUCUAUCCAAAAACUACAUUUAGCAGAUGCUCAAGAUAUUCCAAAUAGCACCACGGGCUGAAAGGACAGCUUUGCCAAUCUGGAAUCUCCCAGAAGCUUUUCUUUUUUCUUGACAGUCCAAUCUGGAACAGUUGUCGGGGUUUUUUUGUUUGGUGGUGGGUUUUUUGGUGUUUUUUUCUUCCAUUUUACACAAUGAAGAAUCAACGUACAAAUCCAGGGGAUGAUUUUUGCACAUUCCUCUUUGAGCACUGUACCAUCUCAGAACUCCUUAUCUGGAGUUUUAAGUUGUUGUGACACACUGCUUUUGAUUAUUGCCUUAUUUAAAAGAGAGAUGAGGGAAACUUGGAAGUGCAUUUCUUCAACUCAGUGUUGUUCAAAUGGCUGAAAGUGAUGUAUAUAUAUAAGUUCAUGAGCAUUUCCCCGGUUUUUAUGAAGGUAGCGAUGAUGUUGCCUUUCUGAUCAGCCUGUAGACAAUCUGCGCGCUAUCUUUAGUGUUUUGUUGAUCAAGUGAUGCCAUAGAUUAAUUUAUUGUUAAUAAAGUAAAAAAAUUUAAAUAUAUGAUGUUUCAUUGAGAGAAGCUGCUAUUUGUUUGGCUGUGUUAAGAAGGCACGAGUUCUUGCAUGGUCAGAACAGUUGCAGAGUUUACUUUAUUCAUUACUGUGAAUAAUGAUAAAGUGUCACUAAAUGAGAGCUAGCAUGCAUGCUAGGUGUCCACAUAAUUUGAUUAAGUAUUGUGAAAUUCCAAAAUUGGAUAAACUGUUAACUGUUCAAUAAACCCAGUAUAUGCAA